AUGUCGAAUGACCGUGGCAAGAAAAUAGAGAGUGAUCUCCCGGGAUUUUACUAUGACAGUGAGAAGCAGAAAUAUUACCGGAUAACCCCGGCUGACUCAUCCAAUCCUCUCCAUCCCGAGAAGAUCCGGCGGAUAGAGGGACAUCGCGAAUCUUUGAAGACGAAAGAUCAGCUGGUGAAUACCAAAACAGUUUCGCUACCCAGCCGCAUUAUUCGUCGCGCGCAGACCGGUGACGUGUGCGACCUUCUGCGGGAACGUUCGGCGAGGGUACUAACGCCCGGUCGAAGCUAUCACAUUCACGAUCAAUUCGUUCCAGAGGCUCUUGGUCUCUUCCAAGGAGCUGCUUCGUCGCGGAGAAGUUUCCAGAAUAACUUCCUCACAUCAGCGAUGGCUCGUCUCUCGAAGAAAUUCUCGUGCCAAGUUUUGGAUGGUUUCGACGAUCGGGGUUAUGCAAUCAAGGACGCCGUGAUGACUGUCUCCGGGAACGGAAAGCUGUGUACAUCCUUCUCGAUGAAACCCUCAGGACUUGCUUUGGUUGGUUCGACAAUCAACUUCACUGAACAAUCGGCGGCACAUGGGAUCACGGAUCUCUUCUACAUGCACAAAGUUGUCGAUAUGAAACACACGACCAUCAGUGGAGGAGACUUCGUCGCGGUGGCCUGUCAAGCACUCGGAAGAGAUGAUCACAUCGUCAGAGUGGCCCCGAUCGCCAUGGAUCGGUCGUUGGACCGGCACUCGAAAAGUUUCGAGUUCCCCGCGAACGAAACAAUCUGGUCGGUGGCGGUUUCUUCACUGCACUUGAGUGUUGGUAUGGAGAAGAGAAUCGAAAUGUUCUCGACAGAGGGGAGCACGCAAUCAAUCGUCAGACUCCCUGGAGAGAACGUGUUUGUUCUCGAAAACGACGGAGAUGACCGCUUGAUCGUGGGAACCAAUAAAGGCAACGUGCACACCGUUGACGUGCGUACGCAGAAAGCAGAAUCGACGGUGAAAAUUGGAGCCGCUCUGUCAAAUAUCAAAAUUUCCAACAACCACAUGGUAGCCAGCGCGUACGAUCACAAACUCAUGCUGUUUGAUCGUCGAAGCACCGCUAAACACAUGCAUAUUUUCGAAGCGCAUCAAAACGACUGCAGACCCCAUCUGAGUCUCCAGCUUCACGAAAGACUCAAUAUUGUGGCCGCGACGGGCAGCGAUAACGUUAUAAGGUUGUGGUCGCUCAAGGAUUUCCAAAUGGCCUCCACUAUAUCGGACGAGAAAUUUGUUUCGACCGAUGUACCACCGUGUUUUGUGAUCGACGACUCCUGGGGACCUCCGUGCAGCGUCGCCGUGUUCAGUGGAUCAGAACUAGCAUGUUAUACCUGAGCUGAUGGACCUGAUGGCGCUCUUGUAAUAUAGAUGUCAACAUCGAUGCGGAAAGAUUUGAUA